AUGAUUGAGGGAAUGGUGAAGGAUGGUGUUAUUGAACCUUCAUCUAGUCCAUGGUGUUCACCUGUGGUGCUGGUAAAGAAGAAGGACGGCAGCAUGCGGUUUUGUGUUGACUACCGCCGCCUGAACGACGUUACGAAGAAGGACAGCUAUCCCUUGCCUAGAAUUGAUGACACGCUGGACAUGCUCACAGGCGUAAAGUGGUUUAGUACGCUGGACCUGAAAAGUGGCUACUGGCAGGUUGAAAUUGACCCUAAGGACAAGGAGAAAACUGCAUUCUCCACAGUAAAGGGUCUGUGGCAAUUUAAAGUCAUGCCGUUUGGAUUGUGCAAUGCUCCAGCAACGUUUGAAAGAUUGAUGGAGCUUGUACUUACCGGGCUAAUUGGAGAUGCCUGUCUGGUCUAUUUGGAUGACAUCAUCAUCGUAGGCCGUACGUUUGAGGAACACCUUCAAAACCUGGAACGCGUGCUCAUGAAGGUCCAGAGUGCCAACCUCAAGUUGAGUCCAAAGAAAGCACUUCACUAUUCAAACGGCAAGUUGGUUUUUUGGGAUAUAGCCAAACCUCUGCACAAGCUAACCGAGGAGAAGCGACAUUUCUGCUGGGAUGAAAGUUGCGAUAUUGCAUUCCAGGAGCUCAAGAACCGUCUGUGCAAAACACCUAUUUUGGGGUACCCUGAUGCGGGCAAGGAAUUCAUAGUUGAUACAGACGCAAGUGAUAUAGGACUUGGCGGUGUGUUGUCUCAACGGAAUGGUGACCAAGAGAUUGUGAUAGCGUACUUCAGCAAGUCAUUGUCAAAGCCGGAAAGGAACUACUGUGUCACAAGACGCGAAUUGCUUGCUGUGGUAAAGUCCUUGCAGCAUUUUAGCAAAUAUCUUCUAGGGCGGAAAUUCCACUUACGAACUGACCAUGCUGCACUGAAAUGGCUAUUGCAGUUCAAAAAUCCGGAAGAACAAGUUGCGAGAUGGAUUGAACUACUGCAGGAAUACGACUUUGUGAUCGAACAUCGCAGCGGGAAAUCUCAUGGCAAUGCAGAUGCAUUGUCAAGAAAACCUUGCCCUGAAGAUUGCAAGCAUUGUACUAGGCAAGAGGGUAAGGAAGUGGUAUCUGUGAGGAUGCUCAGGACAGACCAGCUCAGCAAUGAGUGGAAGGACAGCCUACAACAUGCACAGCAGGAAGAUUCGGAUAUUAAGCCGAUUCUGGAAUGGAUGAAGGCCAGUGCUCCUAAGCCCAAGUGGAGCGACGUCUCAGCAAUGAGUUCGACCACGAAAAGUAAUUGGGCCCAAUGGGACAGCUUGCUGAUUCAGGAUGGAGUCCUGUGCCGUAAAUGGGAAAAUGGUCGGGGAGACAGGUGUCAUUUGCAAAUGUUCGUCCCUAAGGCUAUAGUACCGGAUGUUCUACAGCUGUACCAUAGUGGUUGUUCAGGAGGCCACCUGGGAGUUAAACGAACUCUACUGAAGAUCCGAGAACGGUUUUACUGGGUCCACUGUCGUGACGAUGUCGAGGACUGGUGCCGCAAAUGUACAAGUUGUGCGGCUGUAAAGGGACCUCAAAUUCGUAGUAGAGGCGCAUUAAAAUUGUACAAUGUUGGUGCACCAUGGGAGAGGAUAGCCAUUGACGUUGCGGGGCCGUUUCCAGAAACUGAAAGUGGUAACAAGUAUUUCAUGGUUGUGAUGGAUUACUUCACUAAGUGGCCAGAAGUCUUUGCUAUUCCAAAUUAA